AAAUGUCCCAAGACUUUACCAUCUAAAUCACCAAGAACUGAAUGAUGAAAGCCCGCAUGUGAUCAUUGGUGUUGGUGAUCAUUUUCGAUCACACUAAUGAGGGAGUGACGAACAGUUAAAAUAAAAAAACAAAAGUAAAAACUCAAUUAGUAAAUUUAAAAAAAUCCAGUGCACUUUUAAAUGGAUUCAAACUCAAUUAGUGGAGUGAAUGAAAAUAACCUCGUCAUAAAUACCACAUAUAUAUAUCCAUUGUUAUAAAUUAACUCAACAAUAUUAAUACUAAAUCCAUAUAUAUAAAUAUACAUAAAUAAAACAAAUAUGAUUUGGGUACACGAUUGAAUCUCCAAGGAGUUAAUCGUGUUAUAGUUCUUUAGCAAACGUGAGAUUAAAGUCCACGGUGAUUACAGCAGCUUUUAAACAAUAAUUUGAAUUUGAAUUUAAAUUUAAAUAAUAAUAAUAAUAAUAAUAAUAAUAAAGUGUUCACUAGGAGUUAAUAUGAAAUAUUAUUUAAUUUAAAUAAAUUUAAAGUAAAUAAAUUAUUUAAAAAAUUAAAAAAAAAACUAGACAUUUAAAUAUGCAAUCAAUUUAUUGGACUGGAAGAAUUUUAUCACGAGCACUUUGGAAUGGAAUUUCGAGCUACACGACGUGUGCUGACCCAGCAGUUGUCAAAAAACGAGAAGCGUCACUUAUAUCUGCAGUCUGCGGUUUUCCAAAAGAUUUUUCUCGAGGGAAAUUAAGAAAAGGACAAUUUGGAGACGACGCCUGGUUCACUGCUAAAUUCAAAGCUGUCGAAGUCAUUGGAGUCGCGGAUGGAGUUGGGGGCUGGCGUCACUACGGCAUAGACCCGGGUGAAUUCUCGAGCUACUUGAUGAAAACUUGCGAACGUCUAGUCUCUUUAGGUAAAUUUGUUCCCAAUGAACCUGCAGGUUUGCUAGCGAGGAGUUACUACGAGCUGUUGGAAAAUAAACAGUCGAUUUUAGGAAGUAGUACUGCGUGUGUUAUUGUAUUAAACAAAGAAACAAGUAGUAUUUAUGCUGCUAAUAUUGGAGACAGCGGCUUUGUCGUUGUACGAAAGGGCAAAGUCGUUCAUCGCUCGUCUGAACAGCAGCAUUACUUCAAUACUCCGUUCCAAUUGUCGUUGCCGCCACCUGGACACUCCGAUUUAGUUCUUAGUGACAGUCCAGAGUCUGCGGACACGUCGAGUUUCGGUGUAGAAGACGGCGACGUAAUUCUAUUAGCAACAGACGGCGUUUUUGAUAAUGUUCCAGAUCAGUUACUAGUCACGGAGAUGAUUAAAGUCGAAGGUGAAAGAGAUCCUUCUAAAAUUCAAGGCGUUGCUAAUACGAUAGCUUGGAUGGCACGAAGUCUUGCAUUUGAUGCUGAUUUUUUGUCACCUUUUGCUCAAAGUGCCAGACAAAAUGGUAUCGAGGCUAUAGGUGGAAAGCCAGAUGACAUCACGGUGCUAUUAGCUACAAUAGCAAUUUAAUUAAUUAACUAAUGAACAUGUAUGAUAAUUUUCCCGUCUGAUACUCACACUUGGUCAUUGUAUUAUAGUUCAUCCUCAUGUCAUACAUGUACCAUAUAAAUAAAUAUAAAUUUAGAUUAUUUCACUCGUAACUGUACUCCACUGUUACCAUUAAAUUAUUUAAUGACAAGUGGUAGAAAAAAUCCAUAGAAAAAUGUGUGAUAAUAAAUUUCUUUAGCUUUUUUUCUUUUUAUUCAGAUCUUUAUAUUUUUUUUAAGUUAUUAUUUUUUAUGUCGACCGCAAAUAUUUAAAUUUCUUAUACUUUUUUUUUUUUUUUUUUUUUUUUUUUAUUAACAAUAAUUACAUUUUAAAAAUUUCACUGACAAUAUUUAUUACAUACAAGUUAAUCUAUUUAUAUUUUUUUCUUGUUCUUGUACAUCUUGUACUUUUUUUGGAAGAAAAAAAUCCAGUCUAUUUAAAUUACAUUUUUUUUUAAAUCAAUUAGUUAUCAAAGUUUAUUAAUUUAAAUUAACGUGCUUUAAUUAUCAAAUAAAUAUAUAAAUAAAUAUUGUUAAAAAAAAAAAGUAAACCCGUGUGUUGAAUUUCAAAAAUUCCGAGUUCCCUGACAUUAAUUAAAAUAAUUAUAAAUUUAAAUUAAUAUUUGAAUGAUUGUUAGAAUUUGUCGAUAAUUUUCAGACAAAAAAAUUCGCAUACUUUAGACUUAAUGUAAUUAUCCUAGAUACUUUUUUUUUUUAUGAUAUCUCUUGUUCACCCAUAAAUAUUUAUGAAAUUUACUAUCUAUAUUUACAAAUCUGUUUUACAAAAAUCUUCACUCAAUGUGCGAUUACAUAAAGUAGUAAAAAUAAACUGAGUAAUAAUCCCGUUAAAUUAACAACAAAUUACGAUACAAUAUUACAAAAUAAUAAUAAUAAUAAUAAUAAUAAUAUUAGACAUGGCAAUGGAAAUUUAUGGUGAGUGAAAAAUUAACCAGCAAUAUCACUCAUUUAAUGUCCGCAUAGACAAUAAAUGCAUUAAUAUAUAUACAUAUUGAUGUAUAUAUAUAUAUUGUUUUUUAAUUUCUGCUGGGAUUCAAUUUACAAAGUAUUUUAUUUAAUGCACAUCAGCUUCUUGGCCCCAUGCGAACCCUCCAGGUCUGUCUUCGGGAAGUGGAGCGUAAUCUGAAUCUUCUGGACGUUCGUCGAACAAAUUUUUACUAAAAAAAAUUGGAUUGAUUUUAGAAUAAUAGUAUGACAAGGGAUGAAAACGAUUUCAGAUCAGGGUGAAGGUUGACAUCACCCGCAGUCUAAAAUCUGUUUCUUCCUGAGUUACACGCGAUAUUUUUCAUGAUUACCUGCAUUGGAACUUAAAUUUUCAGUAGUAAAGUCAGAACAAGUUAAUUUAAGACCAAUGGUGCCAUCAACUAUUAAAUUGUCAUUUGCAAUUUGUAAUUAAGCAGAAACUAAAAAUACUAUUUGUUGGCUCCCUGCCUUCAUAAAUCCGGAAUAAUUUCUCAUGCAAAAAUUUCUCAGCAAUAAUUACUCAAACAAAAAUUGAUCCGACACAAAGAUUUAUUCAUCAAGAAUAAAUAUUUGUGGUGAGAAAAUAUGCCUUGAGAAAUUAUUGCAUAAGAAGAAAAAGACGGUCGCCCUAUUUGUUAUUCACUAAUUUUUGAAAAACUUAAUCACAGUCAGAACUGUCAGUUACGUAAAUAAAAUUACUAUUGAAAAAUGACAAGUAUCAGAGUUUAAAUUGCGAAAGUCUUCAGCAGUGGGCAGAAAGAUUAAUUGUUUGUUUCCAAGGGACGAAACAAAUUUUAUUCCCUGAUUAAACAACUGAAUUCGAGCGAAUUAAAAAUUUUAAUUCUGUUAUAUUCUGUCGAAUUCCGCAAAACAGAAUUAAACUGAAUUGAAAAUUUGAAUUUGAAUUAAACAGAAUAAAACCGAUUUAAAAAUUUCAAAUUCAGUUUAAUUCGGAUUCAGAACCAGAAAUUGGAUAAUUAUUUUCGAAUUAAUCAGAAUUAAACCGAAUAGAAUUAUUUAAAUUCGUUUUAAUUUGGACAAAUUUUGGUUUUCCUGCCGAAUUAGACAGAAUUCAUUUUUAAGUUAGCUACCGAAUUAACAGAAUUUAUCUGAAUUAAAUAGAAUUAAAAAUUUAAUUCUGUUUAAUUCGAUCAAAUCCAGUUGUUUAAUCAGGGUUCUGCCCGCUGACUGAAGGCUUUCAAAAUUUACGCACUUGAUAUUUAUUCGCGGCAUUGGACUGAAAUUCGCUUCUUUUGACUGAAUGUAGGGACACUAAAACUUUAAAUUUCGAUGCUGGUAAGGCAACAGACCUAGUACCCGAUCAAGGAACUAGUUCCCUGAUUGGAUACUGAGUCUCAAUGGAGGCACUGAAACUUCAAGUUUCGAUGCUGAUAUCAUGAAAAAUAUUAAUAUAAUUAAUAAUAAUGAUAAUUACAGUAUUUGCGGAGUUUUAAUGAUCCUAAAACCUCCUCCAACUUGAUUUGGAAAAACAUCUUCAGCAAAAUAAUACAUAUGUCCAACAGCCAUACCAACUAAAUCUACCCAGAUAACGUUUCCAAGAAGUAAAGAGAAACCCAGAAGAACCCACGGUAAAAAUGGAGCCUAAAAAAAUUUUAUUCAUGUAGAUAAGAUUUAAAAAUGUAUAAAAAAUGAUGUCAAGUCGCGAAUGUAAAUUAAUUGAAUUAAUUUAUUAUGAUAAAAAAAAAAUUACCCGGAAGUUGAGUAGACCAAAGAAAUUCAUUCUGACAAACGGAGUCCGUCUAGACCACACAUAAACUAACAUCAGUGUAAAUGCAUGUCCUAAAAAUAAUAAAUUAACGAAGAAUGCAAAUAUCUAUCAGAUUGUCAAGGAAAAAACUAAACAAUGGAACUAAAUUAUAAAUUUAAAUUUUUACGACUAAUCACAAGAUGUAAUUUUGUUUACUGUCGUUAUCGUUUUUUAAUUUCAAAGGAUACUAUCAUACAGACACCACCAAAUAUGAACAUCAUAACAAAAUCAGCUGUCCUUCCACGGAAUGGACCCUCUUCCAACAUCCGGCAAUAGCGAUAAGUAAAUAUCAUAUUGAAAAAAAAAUUGAACCCAACAGUACCAAAGUACAAAAAUGUCGUGACAAGUCGCCAUAUCUGAAAAAAAAAAUAUUGAUAAUUAAUAUCUUAACAAUAAAUAAAAAUUUUUGAAUGAGUGUGAAUAUAGCAGACGAGAUAAUUAAUAAAUUUUAAAUAAAUAAAUUAAAAUAA